AUCCGUGUUCCAGUGACGCGAGGCCGCGCGCGCGCGCUCAGUGUCUCCUCCAGAGCGCUAAUUCCAACGCGAGUAAACUUACUUCAUCAUCUUGUGUCGGAUCAUCUGUUCAUUCUUCUGUUCUUUAAUUCAAUCGAGCCGACAGUCUCUCGGUCUUUCCUGUUUCACAGAGCAACGUCCUUGGAAAGAGGACCAUGUCAAGUAUUAAACAAAUAUUAAACAAAUAAGAGCAGUUACAGAAGAACAAACCCAGUGACCAUCCUAUAGCACAAGGAAGAAGACGAAAUAAAGAAAAGCAAGGGGAGAAAAACAAGUGCAGAGAGGGGAGGAGAAGUGUGCGAGGUCAGUCGAUGGACGCUGCCCAGACCAAGGGGACAGCAGAUUCUCAUUUAGCAGGGAAAAGAAAGAUUUCAAAAUUGAGUCGAAGGAUAGAAACUCGCCAUCAGGCAUGGUGUGUGAGAAGGGGAUCCAGAUCCUUCUCACCAUCGUGGGGGCAUUCGCCUCCUUUGGCCUGAUGACGGUGGCAAUUGGGACAGAUUAUUGGCUCUACUCUCGUGCUCUGAUCUGCAACAGCACAGCCAAUGUGACGCAGGAUGACCCACACAACAAGGACAAAAAAGACCCUGGAGCCCUUACACACUCGGGCCUUUGGAGGAUCUGCUGCCUUGAGGGUGUGAAACGAGGGGUGUGCUCUCAGAUCAACCACUUUCCAGAAGACGCCGACUUCGACCACGAUGGAGCAGAGUACGUCCUAAGAGUGGUUCGGGCUUCAAAUAUCUUCCCUAUUCUCAGUGCAAUCUUGUUGCUGAUGGGAGGAGUGUGCAUUGCCGCCAGUCGCUUCUACAAGAGCAAGAGGAACAUCAUACUUGGAGCUGGCAUCCUGUUUGUAGCUGCAGGUUUAAGCAACAUCAUUGGCGUGAUUGUGUACAUCUCAGCGGCGCUAGGUGACAUCUCUCCAAAGAAGGAUGAGGAUAAAAAAUGGCAAUACUCAUACGGAUGGUCCUUCUAUUUUGGUGGCUUGUCGUUCAUCCUGGCUGAGAUGGUGGGAGUUCUGGCCGUAAACAUCUAUAUUGAGAAGAACAAGGAGCUUCGAUGCCGCUCACGAACCGACAUCUUCAAGAGCACAACGCACGCUGUGCUGCGCCUGCCUAGUUACCGUUUCCGCCGCCGCUCUUCAAGGUCCAGUUCACGCUCUACCGAGCCGUCCAGAGGCUCACGAGACCCGUCACCCGCUGCUGGUGGCCCACCAGGGAGCAAAAGCUUUGGCUUGCCCCCCUCAGCACUGCUCUCACAGGGGCCUGUUUCUGUUUCCACCCUGCCUAAUCCACACUCACACUCCCGCUCACACUCAGCCCUACCCGGAGGUGAUAUCUCGCUCUACACCCUGUCACGAGACCCCAAACUGGGUGCACUGGGGGCUUUGGGUGCACCUCCGCUGUAUGGCACCGUGGAUCGUGCCACACUCUACCAGCUGCAUAACUGCUUUCCCAAAGAGAGCGGCGGGGGAGGAGGAGCAACCAUGAUGAUGAGCGGCACACUGCCCUCUCUCAAGUCCCACAAUCCAGCAGGAGUGCAGAACACAUCAAGCGGGAAUUCGGCACCCUCGUCCCAACCACCGCCAUUCUCAUCAUCCACAGUGGAGAGGGAGAGAGGGAUGGGCACACUCGACAGGCUGGCCAAGCCGGAGAGCAAUUCCAACACGCUAAACAGGAAAACCACACCGGUGUAGGGAGAGACCAGGACAGAAGAGAGUGUGAAUCCUGUAUAGCGGAAGCUGAAUGAAGGUUGUGUUCAAGUUUAAAAAAGAAAAAAGGCAGAGAAAUUCUGAAUUCCUUCUGUCUCUCCCUGUCUGAAAUGAUAUUCUGUUUCACUUUCUGGAAAAUGAAUUUCAGACAAAAAAAAAAAAAUUAACCAGUGACAAUUCAUAAUAACAACUACAACAUUCAUUUAGUUUUAUAAAAAAUUUUAAUAUGUGAACUAUCAUCAUUGGAUACUGUACUGUGAAGUUUACCCUUUUUAUUUUUUCAUAGAAAUUAAAGCAAACGGUUGUCCAAGUGCAUUCCUAGAGGGUUUGUUGUCGUUGUUAUUAUGAGAAAACAAAAUCAGUGGCUAGCUCUUUAUGUUGGAAAUCAUUUUCAAGACAUCAACUGUGAUUCUGAUACAGUGGAUACUGCAGAAGCAUGAGUGUCUAUAAUAUGUGUGAGGAAAAUUAUUAUUAUUAUUAUUAUUAUUAUUAUUAUUAUUAUGCCUAGCAUUAAAAACAACUUUGUAGGAAGCAUCUAAUUUAUUUUUAGAAUCAAUUUCUUUUUCUAACCUUUGAUAACAUAAUUGUUUAUUCUGAAUAUUGUCUUCCAGUUCUAUCAACACAAGAAAUUAGAAUUUGAUGGACUGAAAACUGGUGACCGAGUGGUGGAAUUUUUAUUUUAUUUUUUUUAACAAAUUUGACCGUCCUAUCAUUAUUUUUGUUAUGAUCAUCAUUAGUAGCUGUGAAAGUAGCAGUAAUCUUAAUUUCGGGGCAUUACCAGAUUACAGAGAUCCCUCAUUAGGACAAAGAGGGAGAUAUAUAUAUAUAUAUAUAUAUAUAUAUAUAUAUAUUUGUAUAAAGAU